AUAUAGAAGAAAAACAUGAAAUUCUUAAUUAUUUUUGCCUUGGCUUUGGCCAGUGCCUCCGCCGACAUUUAUCAACGCAAUGUUGUGGUACCAGUUGCUGAAAGCGAGGGUCGCAUUACCAAUGGCAAUAACGCCUAUGUUGGCCAAUUCCCCUAUCAAGUUGGUCUAUCCUUGAGAGUUAAUGCUCUUUCGUCCGCCUGGUGCGGUGGUUCUUUGAUUGGCAGCCAAUGGGUUUUGACUGCUGCUCAUUGCACUGAUGGCAUUAAAUCGAUCACUGUCUAUUUGGGUGCUACCGUUCGUACCUCGGCUGAAGUUAGCUAUAGCGUGACCAAGGACAACAUCAUCAUCCACUCUGGCUGGAACAGCAAAACCUUGAAGAACGAUAUCUCUUUGGUUAAGAUUCCUGCUGUCGCUUACUCCGCCAAGAUCCAACCUGUCAAAUUGCCCGCCAUUGCCAAUUCCUACUCUACCUAUUCCGGUGAUUAUGUUAUUGCUUCCGGUUGGGGUCGUAUCUCCGACACUGCCAGCGGUGUUACCAACAACUUGCAAUGGGCCCGCAUGCAAGUCGUCAACAAUGCUGUGUGUGCUCAAACUUAUGGCAGCUCCAUUGUUACCUCCACCAACAUUUGCAUCUCCACCCCCAAUUCGGUGUCCACCUGCAAUGGUGAUUCUGGCGGUCCUUUGGUUUUGGAAGCCAACAAGGUACAAAUCGGUUUGACUUCUUUCGGUGCUGCUGCCGGUUGCGAAAAGGGUUAUCCAGCUGCCUUUACACGUGUUACCAGCUACUUGGAUUGGAUCCAGUCCUUCACUGGUAUCGCUUAUUAAAUGAUUCGAAUUUAAUUAUAUUAAUUAAAUAAA